AGAUCAGGCACAGAGGAAGAAUUCACUGAGAUACAGCAGUUAUGUGAGGAUAUCUUAGUGUAUAGAAGAGAUAUGAUAGAGAUGCGAAAGAUAGAAAAGGAAUCAAGAAAGAAAAGGGAGCAGGAAGAUAAAAGGAAAGGGGAGGAGAUGCGGCAGGCAGCGGUGGAAAGACUAGCAAGUUAAUAUCCAAUUCAAUAUUAUUUUGUCCAAACAAGCAUAGGUUAUAGUGACGAUAUCCAUAAGGACUGUUAUUCAUUUUGUACUGUUUUUAUUUUGCUGUUUUACAGUUUUUACACAAUUUUCUGAAAGUUCCUGUUUUACUUGGUGGUUCAUGAGGUGUUGUGAUUGAGCACCAUAUCAUUUAAGUGCCUAAUUUUUGACUUGACAGUUUUCAGUUUUAACCCAGUUUGAAUAGAACCCAUGAAAUGCAGAAUAACAAAUUGCUUACAUUUUAGAGCGCCGUAGUGAUGCUGGCACAUCAGGUGGUACCACGUGAGAUGUGUCUAGCAGCAGGCCAGAUGAAGAAAUUCAUUCAAAAGGUAACAUUUGUGAAAUCUAACAAACUACUAUUCCAACUUCUCUGACUGAUUGGUUGCGAUAAAUACAGUAUAUGAAAUUGAUUUUCUCUUUUACUGGGGGCCAUUAAAGGGAACUGAUGUUUGGCGUAUUGGACAAAAUGUUUGUGUGAUGAAAUCCAUACAUAUAUACAUAUAUAUAUAUUUUUAUUUAAACAUAUUUGAGAGUCUGCCUCAAGAGCUUGACUGCUCAUCUAGGGGACUCAAUAGAUCCAUAAUUUUAAUGUGGUUGCUCAGUUUUCUGCCACAUUGUGAUUACAUAUUUCCAUCUCCUUCCCCACGCCUGGGGGGAGAGGGGGGCUUGAUGCUUUGCUUGUUCUUUUAUGUAUAAAUAAAUACAACACUUUUUCUUUCCUUUCUUUUGUAAUUUAUUUCUACAGGAGCCAAAAGCAAAGUUGCCGGGUCAAGCAGAAAGUCAGCAAUUGAAAUGCUGUCAGAAAAGUACAAAGAGAAGGCAAAACUGAAAGACAAAGAGCUGGAAGUGAAAAAGGUGGAGCUGGAUCUUCAGAAACAAAAGUACGAAGAUGAAGCUGAAGAAGGGAAGCUUUUGUUCUCCACGCUUCGAGAACAACUGAGAAAAUAA